AUGGCAAACGUCGCCGUUUCACUACCGCAGCAGCCUCGCGAUCAUCCGCUCCUCCGCCGCCGGAGUUCAAUCCCGUCCUCGAUCGCAGUAGCGCCGCCGAAGCUCAAUCUCCUCCACCACCACAGCUCGUCUUCCGACGAUCUGGAGCUGCUGUCAAUCAAGCCUAAUCCGAGGAGCUACACCUCGCUGAAGGAUCUCCUCCCGACGACGGCGGUGAACUCGCCGCGGCCGAGCUCCGCGCAGGCCGGAUCCGACAUCUGCAUCCGGAACCGCCUCGUCAAGCAGGCGGCGUGGGCGUACCUCCAGCCGAUGUCCACCGCCUCGGGCUCCGCCGACGCCGGCUUCCUCCGCCGCCUCGCCGCCCUGUUUGAGCUGGUCCGCCGCAGCGUCGCUCGGGCAAUCAAUUGGACGCUUCAAUUUGUGUGGAUCCGCUGCUCCAGAUAGCGACGGUUUUCUCUCCACAAUGUGUUUGGCGCCGAAUUGGGGGUUGGGCUGCCCACGCUUCCCGCCGGACCUACAGGCGGCCGCCACUUCUCGGAAGUGUUCCGCUUGAGAACUCCUGAAGGCGUGCUCGGCGGCGUUGGCGUUGCACCGUCGUUGGGCUUGGAUUUACCCUCCUGUCACCGGACAAAAAUAGGUCAACAAACCAAUUUCAAUUUAUUUUAACAAAAAAGCGAUAUUAGUUUUUUAGAGUAAACUUUAACUUUUGUUUAGUGCUCUCAUUAACAAAAAUUAAGAAUCUUUUUACUACUAAUGUACAAAAUUUAUGGGGAUUAAUUAUAUCGAUUGCAUAUAUCAA